AUGGGAUCGAGACUUCAUUUCCAAAGAAUCAAAGAGGGCCCUCCGCUCCCCCACAAUGAUGAUAUAAGGGCUUAUAAACGAGAGUAUGCAGAGGCAUUGGAUGAACAAGAUCCUCUCAAAUCGUAUCGCGAUCAAUUCAUCAUUCCGUCGAAGAAGGACCUGCUCAGGAAGAGGCUAUCGGAUAUAGAAGGAGACGAUGAAUCAGAUCCACGCUGUAUAUACCUAUGCGGAAACUCUCUAGGUCUGCAACCCAAGAAUCUCCGCAAAUAUCUCGAUCAAUACCUCAGGUCAUGGGCCAUCAAGGGAGUAACGGGCCAUUUUGUGGCUCAUGAAGAUGCUUUACUUCCUCCAUACUUGCAUGUGGAUGAUGAAGGCUCGAAGCUUUUAGCUCCAAUUGUGGGCGCUUCACCCAGUGAAGUUGCAGUUAUGGGGACACUGACUGGAAAUAUACACAUAUUGAUGAGCAGCUUUUAUCGACCUACCGUGGAACGACAUAAGAUUAUCCUUGAGGGGAAGGCAUUCCCAAGUGAUCAUUAUGCUAUUGAAUCCCAGAUACGACUACACAAUUUUGACCCCGCCACCUCCAUGGUCCUCAUUGAACCAGAGGAUGCCGAGAAGCCCAUACUAAGCACCAAGCAGAUAUUGAAGGUCAUUGACGACAAUGCCUCAGAUACAAUGUUGAUACUUCUCCCAGGCAUUCAGUUCUAUACGGGACAGUAUUUCGACAUCAAGACAAUCACAGCCCAUGCUCAUUCGAAGGGGGUACUCAUCGGCUGGGACUGUGCACAUGCUGUCGGAAAUGUCGAACUGCAACUGCAUGAUUGGGAAGUCGACUUUGCUGCUUGGUGUCACUAUAAAUAUGUUAACAGCGGGCCGGGAGCUAUGGCAGGGUUGUUUGUACAUGAGAAACAUGGCAAAGUGAACCACAGCGAUACUGGUGAUAUUUCUUACCGUCCUCGUCUGGCCGGCUGGUGGGGUCAUGAUAAGCAAACUCGUUUCCAGAUGGAUAACAAAUUCAUCCCCCAAGAAGGAGCAGCAGGCUACCAAAUCUCCAACCCAUCCGUCCUCGAUCUCAGUGCAGUAGCAUCAUCCCUCGAAAUCUUUAAUCAAGCAACCAUGCCUGCCCUCCGCCAGAAAUCAUUAGAACUUACGAGAUACCUCGAACACCUUCUUCUCAAGUACCCGCUCGACGACAGCUCAUCAUCUUCGAACGAGAACACCUCUGAAAAACCAUACACAAUAAUCACACCCUCAAACCCGUCCGAGCGCGGCGCACAACUCAGCAUUCUCCUUCAACCUGGAUUACUGGAUAAAGUGCUGGAAAUACUCGAGGAAAAUGGUGUGGUGAUUGAUGAACGGAAACCGAAUGUUGUGCGUGUUGCGCCGGUGCCGCUGUAUAAUACGUUUACGGAUGUAUGGGAGUUUCAUAGAGUAUUUACGUUGGCUUGUAGGAAGGCUGUUAAGGCUAGAGAUGGGAAGUAGAAGAACAAUAUUGGUUAGCCCUGGAGUUAGAUGCGUCACGCAUACCUAGUUACAAAAAAGCACUAUUCAAUGCAUCGACUUAAUAUAUACCAUACACAACCCAUCUAUUUACUUACUCAUCCUCACAUACUAGGUAGUACCCAAGUUAAUUACCUUACAAUAAAAGUAACUCCCCUGCAGCACCACUACCGGCCGCCUGCGGUUGAUAAAUCUGUUGCUGAUUCUGAUUCACCACAUACUGCGCCAUUUCACCCGUUCCUCCUAAUCCGCCCAAACUAUUAUCUUCGCGUCCACCCAGAUCCAGAUUCGCCAUGUGCUGGGAUGCGACAUUACUGAAGUAAGCGUCUGCUGCGUUGACAGCGGCGGAGAUAUCACCAUUCCCAUUUUGCUGUGAAGGAGCAGAAGUAAGUGACGUUGAUGAUGCGGUCAAUGCAGUAGAGGCAUUAACUCCCGGUCGUUUCACAAGAGCUGGACUAUCAACAAGUCGUUUUGGUCGUGCCGUCCUGAAUACUUGUUGGACUGGUUUGAGGUAGACAGUUGCUAAAGUGCCCACAUUCAAGCAGAGCUCUUCUAGGGUGUUGGGUUCUAAUUUCUCGCUUUCGGCUGUGAUUGGGGGUUUUUCACCCAUCACAAUCUCUUUGGCUGCGGCGGGAUCUGUGGAUAAGAGACGCCAAUACAUAUAUCCUCGGUCACGCAGAUCUGGGUCGUCGGUGUCCUCGGUGCACCAUUUCAGAACUUGAGGGACCAGUUGUUGACCCUUUGUGGGACGUUGGAUGAACAGUUUCACUGUAGCUGUGAGUAAUGCGAGUUGCACUUCGAUUGGCUCGUCAUGGAAUGUUGCCAAAUAGUCCUGAAGCAACUCGUCUGAAUUCUCAAUACGAUCCGCAUACUGGCCAAUGAUCCAGAUUAUAGCUGCUUUGGCCUCGGGCUCAUCGAGUUCGUCGAUGUUUUGAAUGACUGCUCCAAUAAUACCUUCGUAUUGGUUGGGGUACUUGCGGAAUAUAUUGCGAAUAACGACUGUGGCUUCCUGGACGAUAUAGGGGACCUUGGCAUGAACGAGUUCCAACAGCGUGUCAAUGCACUGUCGCGCGGCCGAUUCGAUCUUGAUAGCCAACUUGCCAAUGGCUCGAACAGCUUUGCGC